GGGGGGUCCGAGGCGGUUGCUGUGGAAACCGCGCCCAUCGGAAGGGGCGUGGCGUAAAUGAGCACCUCCUCUCGCCUUAAAAGGCAAUCCUGUGACGCGCCGAAUGCGGGCUGAGUCUAUCAUGGUUCAGAUGAGCGCGGAUUAAUGUCGCCUUUAUUGGCCUGUCAGGAAAGAGCUUUGCAGCUUCUUGAUAGACAGUCAAGUGUUCGCAACUGCUGUUUAGUUUUUAAAUUUCAGAUUUAAAAAUCCCUGUUCUCCAAGGCCAGGGCAGCAUAUAUGGGGAUUACCCUCUUCAAGCCUCAUAAUAACCCUGUAGGGUAGUGUAGUAAACGAAAAAUUGUCCUUAUUCCCUUAUGGGGGACACAAGAGCCCUUAUUUUAAUGUUUCAAUGUUUUAAUGUUGUAUUAUAAUCUUGUUUUUAAGUUGUAUUCAUUCAGCUUGUUUUUAUUAUUGCUUGUUAGCAGCCCUGAGCCCGGCCUUGGCUGGGGAGGGCAGGGUAUAAAUAAAAUUAUUAUUAUUAUUAUUAUUAUUGAGUCCUUUGCAGGUUCUCCAUCAAGAAAAUAACAACGGCCAACCAGAGAAUAUUGAGAAGCAAAGCAGUUUGUAAGCCUGAUCUUUAUUGAACUGUUGCCCUUCACACGCAGAAGGAGGACCUGGAACCAAGGUGUGCCUGCCCUUAUAUAGAUAUUUUAAAUUGCCAGCCCUGGAGUCCAAGACCACCCGCAGAAACAUCAUACAUACAUCACAGAAGGGGUGUAGCUCAAGACCACCCCCCAGACACAUCAUACCUACAUCACAGAAAGGACGGUCUACAACAGAAAUCUAAGUGCGUUGUUUACCUCCUGUCUGGCAGGUUACCUGUUAACGUUUACUUGAUUGGAUACCCUGGGGAGCAUGGCCAGUCUUUUGUAAUGAUAAAUACUUAAUUCCUGAGCCAGGUCACAGGCUCACCCUGUUCAUACACAGACAUACCCUUAAGACAGGAUUUGUGUAUGAAAAGACAAUGGGGAGGCUUUUCCAUUUUCCUUGACCUUCCAGAGAAAUCAUUUGGUUAGUUUGGGAGUCAAAAUGGUACCAGGGCUGUUUUCCUGUGCUGCUUCAGACAUGUGGUUUAUAUAUUUAUGUACGUGUUUGCUUGGUACAUUUAUGAACAUUUAUUAUAUAUAUAAGACUUUAAAUUUUUUAUUUCAGUAGGCUAGGUGCGAGCACGUGUGCGCGCACACACACACACACACACAAAUAAAUGAGUGGCUGGCACAAAAUCUCCUGUUCAGAGACCUGAACCCUGGUCUCUCAGUCAGACUUUAUUUUAAUCACUCCACCACAGUUGUCUGCAGUGCUUUUUUUCCUGGGGGUGGGACGCAUAUCCUGAAACAUUUUGUGAAUUUUAAGUUUGGCCUCAUUGAGGGGCAGUAUUUCAGUCUGAGUAGGAAAAUGAGAGUACCCCUAAACAUUUUUAAAGAAAAAAAGCACUGGUUUUCUGUAUAUCUGUGUACCUCCUUGGCUGGAGAGCCAAACAACACACACACAGACACACAGGUAAAGGAUCCCUGACAGUUAAGUCCAGUCACAGAUGACUCUGGGGUUGUGGGCUUGCGGCACUUAUCUUGCUUUACAGGCCAAGGGAGCUUGUGUCUGUCCGCAGACAGUUUUUCCACAUCAUGUGGCCAGCAUGACUAAGCCGCUUCUGGCGCAACUGAACACCAAAACCAGAGCAGCGCAUGGAUCGGCAAGCCCAAGAGGCUCAGUGGUUUAGACCACAGCGCCACCCACGUCCCUUAACAACACACUUAACAUUACCUAAAUGUUAAAACGCGAAUGUCUUCUUGAUGGUGGGCAAGUGCAUUUUGAUGCGGUUUCAGGUUUACCAGCAGUUAGGUCUAUGGUGUGAAGCAGCUUGUUCUUCUUAUUUCUUUUGUGUGUCCCUCUUUGAUGUGAUUGCAAAAGCAAAUACCUACAGUAUUAUCCUAUAUUCAUCUGUCCCACAGGAAAACCAUGCAGAGAAGUCCUGCCAUGAACAUGUUUGUGUGCAUCUCUGUGCAAAGGUGGGAUGUUCCCAAAGCACAUCUACCCAAAGCCAGAACUUUAUAGCUGACGGAUGAUUGCAUAACCAGCAAAGGCCUUGUGUGCUCUUUGGUGACCAGCACCAUUCUAGGGUAGUGCUGGGGGAUCUCCUGCCCCUGGGCCUGAUUAGGCUCACCAAGUCUCCUCCCCCCCCCCCCAAUUUGGUCAAUGCCUUUGGCAAGCCACACACACCUGCCCUAUAGCUGAUUGUAGGAGCCUGCGAAGUACGGUGCCAAUCAGCAAAGUCCUGUGCGUCCUACAUCAUCAUGGCUGGCCUGAAAGCCCUGUGCAAAAAAGCUGUGACUAGUUACUGUAGAUGGUGACAGCAGCCACGAAAUUAAAAGACGCCUGCUUCUUGGGAGAAAAGCAGUGACAAACCUAGACAGCAUCUUAAAAAGUAGAGACAUCACCUUGCCAACAAAGGUCCAUAUAGUAAAAGCUAUGGUUUUCCCAGUAGUGAUGUAUGGAAGUGAGAGCUGGGCCAUAAAGAAGGCUGAUCGCCGAAGAAUUGAUGCUUUUGAAUUAUGGUGCUGGAGGAGACUCUUGAGAGUCCCAUGGACUGCAAGAAGAUCAAAUGCAUCCAUUCUUAAGGAAAUUAGCCCUGAGUGCUCACUGGAAGGACAGAUUGUGAAGCUGAGGCUCGAAUACUUUGGCCACCUCAUGAGAAGAGAAGACUCCCGGGAAAAGACCCUGAUGUUGGGAAAGAUGGAGGGCACAAGGAGAAGGGGACGACAGAGGACGAGACGGUUGGGUAGUGUUCUUGAAGCUACCAACAUGAGUUUGACCAAACUGCGGGAGGCAGUGGAAGACAGAAGUGCCUGGCAUGCUCUGGUCCAUGGGGUCACGAAGAGUCGGACACGACUAAACGACUAAACAGCAACAGUCACUUGAUUCCCUAGUCUUGUGGGACACUGUGCACCAGGCUCCACAAGCUGUGAUUGUCAGGGCUUGAGGAGUCCGGUCUGGAACAGUGCUUUGCAGGUCCUGAGCCUAGCAAACUGGUUUUAGAAGAACUUAUGCAGGAAGAGAGUACUGAGGACUGAAUAACUUUUAAGCAGCCUGAUGUAAGAGGGUCCAAAAGCUGUAGACAAGAAACAGCUGAGGGAGGCCAAAGCUGAGACUACUUCCAUACUCACCCAAUGGCACUUGCCUUGUUCUGCAAUGCAAUAAUAGCAAUUGUCAGGAUGCAGCCUUCAGUAGCCUACUUCCCACCCCCACCCCCGUGGGAGUUACAAUCAAGGAAAGGAGACAGGUACUUCCUUUGCUGCUAGCCAGCUUCAGAUGGUUUAUUUUAUUCACUAUCAAACUGAACACGAAGUCCAGAUAUGAAUGAAAUGCCAGUUUCUCAGUUUGUCUCCAACCUUCUGUUCUCUGUCCCCCUACCAAAGUAGUUCAGUCUAGUUGUCCCAGUUUUGCUUGCCAUAAAAUCUAUGACAUCACAUGUCUGUGACAUCAGAAAGACAGCUCAGGGGAGUCACAUAUCAGUUAAGCUGAAAUGGCCAAAUUAUUUUUUUAUAGGAAUUUGAAGGUUGCUGGACCAGUACCUGCAGAUCCCUGGAUGCCCACAGGGAUGGGGAUUUGCCAGGGCAGCCUUCCAAAAUCCAUCAAGCCCUUGAAACGUGAACUACAAGGUAACUGAUUGCAUUUCUUUCUGUUUUGUGCUUUCUGCAGGCUUUCAAAACAAUGUUAUCAACAAGCAUUCCAGUCAAUAGAUUUCCCUUAGGUUUUACUCCCAGGUCUGGGGCAGAGAAAGGCAUCCACCUCAAGCCCCGCCCAGGGCACAAGCCAUCAGAAAGUUCUGCACAAGUUGCAGAAGAAUGAACACAACAGUUCUGGUUCAUCCAACAGGGUUUGCACAAGAGAAGUCUGCAGUGGAUAGUGCCCUGUACAGUGCUGGAUUUACGUAUAAGCUAAACAAGCUAUAGCUUAGGGCCCGACUCUCCUGGGGUUCCUCCAAAAAAUGUAAAGGGAAAAACACCUGGAUGUAAAUUUCUAAAAUAUAAGAUAAAAAAGAAAUAAAAUAAGACCUACAUACAGCAACAGUGUUUUGUGUUGUGUAGGCUCCUAUGAUGUAAGUAAUGGGCCCCGCCUGCUAGCCUGCUCCCUAAAAUAUCGCUGGUUUUCUCAUUUCUAUAUGCAGGGUACCUACAUUCUGCAUAUGCAAAUGGCUUUAGAUACCUAUUAGGUCCAUAAAUUGCCAUAUAGCAUAUAUUCAACACAAAAAGCAGCGACAAUUUGUUGUUGACAAAGGACAGCUGGACAUAUAAAGGGCCCCUACCUUCAGUAGCUUAGGGCCUCAUCAAACCUAAAUCCGGCCCUGCCUGUGGACUAGACCUGUCUCCCAUUUCAUUACCUUGGAGCCCUCAUUUUGCUUCCUGAUGCAGUUUUUGCUCCACUCGUGGUAGAGUUUACCUGUUCCUAUUCACAAACCAAAGUGGUGCUCUUGCAUUGCUAGUUUCAGUGGGGGCUGCUAAGGAGAACGGACUGGUAGCUUGUGCCCCAUGUUAAUUAGCAAUCCAUUUGGAUUUUCAGCCUCUGGCACUCAACCAUUUUGGACAGCCCAACAGAAACUAGCCCAGGCAGAGGCAACCUUCGGCCCUCCAGAUGUUUUGGACUACAAUUCCCAUCAUCCCUGACCAUUGGUCCAGUUAGCUAAGGAUCAUGGGAGUUGUAGGACAAAACAUCUGGAGGGCUGAAGGCUGCCUAUGCCUGAACUAGCCCUUACCAACCCACCUAAUGAGGGACUUGCUGGGGGUUCAAAUAGGUGUCUAAUGAGGCAGAGAAGGCAGUACCAAAACCUGAGACCAGCAACACCUGAGGAUGUCAUUGCUUCCAUGAGAUUGAAGACCACUCUCUUAUUUAUUUCAUAACAUUGGCACCAUCUACCAGCAAGAUCUUCACAGUAAUGUAGCAUCUGCACUCAGCUGUAACACUGCCCAUAAAUAGUAUAUUUCAAUAGUAUAUUUAGAAAACAAAAAUGUCUGUAACACAAAAAUGUUGAACCUGUGUUUAAUGCCUUGAAAGCAUUCAAAAUGUUCCACCUAAGGUGGCCAUCCCCACGCUGCUUAUUGGAAGGGCUGCCUCAACCCCCGAUUGCAGUGAUUUAAUUCUUGCGCCUUAUUGCUAAGUAGAAAGUCCCCUUUCUUAUACCUCACUUUCUUUCACUGCAGAGAAGCUGCAGAGUCCCAUCAUCAUUUUUAUGGUAGGUGGUCCAGGUUGCGGCAAGCAGAUACAGGGUCACCGGCUGGCCAGCAAGUAUGAUUUCUACCACGUUGGCAUCGGAGAUCUGCUACGAGCGGAAGCCAGCAGGCCUACCCGGAAAGGAAAGACCAUUAGGGACAUCAUCCUGAAAGGGGCUCUGGUGCCCUCGGUAAGAAGCCCCCACACCUGUCACCUGCAGAACCCCUUUCCAUUACAGUGGUACCUCGCAAGACGAAUGCCUCGCAAGACGAAAAACUCGCUAGACGAAAGGGUUCUUCGUUUUUUGAGCUGCUUCGCAAGACGAUUUUCCCUAUGGGCUUGCUUCGCAAGACGGAAACGUCUUGCAAGUUUGUUUCCUUUUCUUAACACCGUUAAUACAGUUGCGACUUGACUUCGAGGAGCAACUCAUAGAACGCGGUGUGGUAGCCCUUUUUGAGGUUUUUAAAGACUUUGGUGAUUUUUGAAGCUUUUCCAAAACUUUCCCGACACCGUGCUUCGCAAGACGAAAAAAAUCGCAAGACGACAAAACUCACGGAACGAAUUAAUUUCGUCUUGCGAGGCACCACUGUAGAUUAGAUAAUCAUUUUAAGCAGUGUGCAUGUUGUGUUUCGGAUAAUUAAACCCUCAAAGGAGAAACAGAAGGAUCUAUAUGGCCCAGUCACAGCCAUACAGAAAUAAUCAGUGUAAGUAACGUGCUGCCAUCUGCCUUAUUGCAGGGCAGAUUCGAGGGUAAACCAUACGUGGAACAAGUCUGCCCCUGCGGCUUUGUUACGCUGCCGUUUCUACGGGGAUAUACGCUCGAUAUUUAUCACUGCUGUUAUACAAAAAUCUCCAAAUGGGUCCGAACUUCAAUGUCUAAAACUCCUGGUGGAGGACAGGGAUCUAGAGAUCACGCUAAGGGUGGCCAAAUUCUGUGUGACUGCCAUAAAGCUUAGGGAACAAGCUGUACUACCAAAACAAUUAAGGUUUUAAAUGACAAUUUUAGGCUAUAUUUUAGUGAUCAAGAUUUAUUUUUAUUUUUUUAACUGCCGCUAUAUCUGUAUUUUCUCAGCUAUACCCAAUUGCAAUUCAAUGUAUACCUGUUGUGUUUUAUGCUUUUCCUGAUAUUGUAAGUGAGCCGGAACUGGUCUGUGACCGUAAUAAUAAAAUUCAUUCAAUGUAAGUAUUAAAAAAGGAACAUGCUUGAACUGACAUUCUGAAUGUGAACAAGAGUAGAGUAGCUCCAUGCAAUAAGGGACCCUGCUUUAUAAGGGUCCUGGGCUGCAAGGAAGGUUCUUAUGAAGGAAGGAACUUAUGUAGAAGCCCCUGCAAACAUUCCCUGUGUACCUGGGGAAGGUCAGGGACUUGUAUGAAGAUAUUGGGGGUGGGGCUUGCCUGCACAUCCCUCCCCGUCCACAUGCCUUCUAGUACUAAGGCUGCAAUCCUAUACAGUGGUACCUUGUUUUGCAUACAUCUUGGUUUGCAUACGUUUUGGAUUACAGACAUGUCAAACCCGGAAGUGCGUGUCCCAGUUUGCAACCUUUUUUUUGGAUUACAACCCUUUUUUUUAUUACGAAUAAUUUUGGGGGAGAGGCCCCAUUGGCAAAAGCGCGCCUUGGGUUACAACCUGUUUUGGUUUACAAACGGACCUCUGGAAUGGAUUAUGGUUGUAAACCAAGGUACCAUUGCAUAGCCUUAUCUGGAAGUCAAGUCUCAUUGACUCAAUAGAAUUUACUUCCAAGCAGAUAUGCAUAAGUUUAUGCUGCUAAUGAAAUAAUACCAUUUUUGUGAAAGGUUUAUUCCUUUUGAUGUGUCUUUCUGAAAUCUGACCAUUUGGGAGUUUCAGCAGCAGUAAUACAUUAGUAUCAAUGAGAGUUUGUUCCCAUUUGAAUAUAGAUGGAUUAUUUUUUAUAAAGAAUAUAAAUUAGAUUCCUGCAACAAUGCUACAUAAAGUUAGGUGUGCCAUACAUUGUGGCCUCUAUGUCAAAACUUCAGCAAAAUUCAGUCUGCGUAUGCCUAGAAUUUGGACCAGUGAAAUGUUUCGAUUUAUCUAUUACUAUUUCACUUUCUCUAGGAUCAACUCAGCAACAGUUGUUAGUAUGAGACUGCCUUUUGGAAGUUUUGCCUGCCAAUGAUAGCUUGCUCAGCUAGGAGACUGACUGAUUUGUCUCAGACUCAAACCCUGAACGUUCUGCCCUGUCCCGCUGAGAUCACUAGAUUUAUAUACCAGAAGCAGUUUGCUCUUUUAUUCCCCUCUGAGCCCUGGUCCAAAUACCUUCAACUCCCAUUUUGGCAUGUGCUUCAACUAAAAUGUUCAUCAUGCCCCUUGGGCAUAGCAAAGUGUCACACGUUGCAUUUAGCUAGCAUGAAUAUAUACAGUACUUGACAUUUUGGGUGGAAAUUGGCUGGAAAAUUGAGCUGAAAUUUGUUGCAAAUUUUUAAAUAGAUCUAAUUUCAGUAAUUUAAUUUUUUUUUUGCAAUCUUCUAAACAAUGAAUGAUGCUGGAAUUAGACUUUAAAAAAUAUUAAAUGAAAGAAAAUUAAGUGUAACAGCACUGAAUUAUUUAGAACUAUAAUCUAGUGAAAAGUAUAUCAGAUUAUUUUUUUAAAUGAACAUUUUUGAUGCUAGACUUGAUGGCCUCUUGCUCUAAUUCAGUAGGGGCUCUUAUAUUUAUUUACAUCUCUAUCCCACCUUUCUUGUGCCAUGGAGUCCAAGGAAGUUCCCAAGGGCUCACUCAUCCAGCCACUGAUCUGACCUGCUUAAUAUCCGCUCAGAUCACACCCUGGGAUAUUAUGUGUGCCAUACAUUUAUAAGGCAUCUAAGAGCAAAAGGCUUUAAGGGAGGAUUAGACAAAGUCAUGGAGAGAAUUAUGGAGAGCUAUGAUGCCUAAGUGAAAUAGGUAGUUUCAGAGACAUUAUGCGGGAGAAUAUUUGCUGCUUUGAAGCAAGGGCAAUAAGUGUUGCUCUCCUGCCUCUCCUGCGGUUUUCCUGAAGGCAUCUGGUUGGCUAGAGUGUGAGACACGAUGCUGAAUUACCUCCAUGUUCCACCCGCAUUCCUACAACAAUGGGAAAACCACUUGAUCAGUUCCGUGGCCACCCUUUCAGCUGUUCUUCUGAAUAGCAAGAGCAGAAGAGUGUUGAUUGUGGAGCACACUGGAACAGAAGUGACAAAUAUUGUACUUUCAAGGGGGAGCCCCCACCACCUGAACACAACUGCAGCCGGCCUCUCUUUCUCUCUCUCACACACAUAUUUUAAUUCUCCCUUUCUGAAAGCAACAGUGAAAAUCACACUGAAUCCAGGGCUUGGUUGCCUUGCUAAGCUCAGACCAGAUUCCUGAAUUUGCCCAGUUAGUGUUGGCUAAAUGUUUAUGGCUACUGCUGAUGGUUUGCUUGCACGGUACUUCAUAAGCAGGCUGCCUGCCGGGAUGCAGUCUAAUCUAUUAUAGUGGGAAACUGCUCCCAUAGGUUAGUUCUUUCUGGACUGAAACCUAAAAGGCUCUUUGGAAGGACUUAAAUAUGGCCAGAGAUUGAGACCCUCAGAGGACAUCAGAAAGGUGGAUGAAACAGCGCUAAGUUGGGUGGUUUAUUGUUGCAUUUAUCUGGUGUAAUAAAGCUCUUUGACGAUGGAGAUGACUGUCUCUCCAGGGCUACAUCUUGGAACUGCUUACUGACAACAUGCUAAAAGCCGAAAAUGUCAAAGGAUUCUUUGUAGAAGGCUUCCCCAGGGAAAUCAAUCAGGCCAAGCUAUUUGAAGAAGUGGUAAGUGUGGCCUCUGAGUGGGAGGUGAAAGGGAAAGAGAGGCUUGACCUGUGCCAAGGAAGGAAAUACUCCAGAGGCUCUCAGGUUGAAACGUGCAACAUCAAAUGGGUAACUUGUGGCUUGGCAAGGAAUACAUUCCCAAUACAGUGGUGCCCCGCAAGACGAAUGCCUCGCAAGACGGAAAACCCGCUAGACGAAAGGGUUUUCCGUUUUGGAGGUGCUUCGCAAAACGAAUUUCCUAUGUGCUUGCUUCGCAAGACGAAAAUGUCUUGCGAGUUCCUGCGGGGUUUUUUUCCUCCCCCCCCCCUUUUUCCCAAGCCGCUAAACCGCUUAUCAGCUGAUGGCUAAGCCGCUUAACAGCUGAUGCUAAGCCGCUUAUCAGCUGAUCGUUAAGCCGCGUAUCAGCUGAUCGUUAAGCCGCUUAUCAGCUUAUCGUUAAGCCGCUUAUCAGCUGAUCCACUAAGCCCGCUAAGCCGCUAAUACUGUAGCACUAAUCCGCUAAACCGCUAAUGGGCUUGCUUCGCAAGACGAAAAAACCCGCAAGACGAAGAGACUCGCGGAACGGAUUCUUUUCGUCUUGCGAGGCACCACUGUAGUCCAGUGGCUGAUUGGUUGCGUGCCAGAUCUUUGGGUUCUGUUUCAAACUCAAAGAGGGCUAGGGGGAAGCAGCUCAGUAUAGAUAGCGGAAAUGCAAUAAUCCUGUGCUUGUAAAUUUUUUGUCAGGUCAGAUGCUAAAUUAAAAGCUGGUUGGAAAGCCACAAUGCAAAUCCCUAGUCAGGUGAUGCUGUGAAAAUAAAGUAGUCAAACCUUGGUUGUUGAACAUAAUCUGUUCCAGCCCAUUCGGCUUCCGAAACGUUCGACAACCAAAGCACGGCUUCCGAUUGGCUGCAAGAGCUUGUGGCACUCAAGCGGAAGCCGCGUUGGAUGUUCGGCUUCUGAAAAACGUUUGAAAACUGGAACACUUCUGGGUUUUCGGCGUUUGGGAACCGAGGUUUGACUGUAUAGCUCAAAGGGUCUGGUCCUUUUUGCCUAGGUUUGUCUUUGUUUUUCAGCUCUCUCACAGGUCUUUAUAAUUUGGACAAUACUUACUACUAUUUGCGAGAGGCAUUCUAUAGAGGCACUCUAUCCCUGUCACUGCAAGCUCAGAGAAGUAACUGUACCUCCAAAUCAUUCUGAGUUGAGAAGUACUAACCUUACCAGACCAGCAUGUUGUCACGUAGAACACCACAUUCAUAACUGUUUUGCCUACAGAAGUUUGCCUAUUUCACACCAAAUAUUAAGUACAGAUUGGGUGGGGGUGUCAGCCAGACCAGCAGCUAACUCCUUACAGCUGGAUCUCAGACCACAUGCUGGACUGUGUCUUGAAGUAAGGUUACCUCCAGAGGUUUCAUGUGGCACUUUGCAUGAAAUAAUGUCCAGAGAACAGCACCUGCUUACAUGUCAAUCAGCUCCUAUUGCUGUGCUGCCCAAUACUGUGACCCCCCCAUUUUUACCCCAAUUAUCAUUUUGCCCCAAACAAUGAAUCCAUCAUCUUGUUCUCUAAAUCCUAUUGGCUUCUAUGAGUUUAGAAAAGAGGUUGGCAACCUAAGGCCCAUGGGCCAGAAGCGGCCAUCAGGGUCGCUUAACUGGCCCAUGAGCCGUCCCAGAACCAACUGCCCACUCGGCGAGUCCCCCGCACGCUGCGCUAAACUGGUGCAGCGCAGCACAGGACUCUUUUCCAUAGCUCCAGAAAUCACUUCUGCGCAGGCAUGAUUUCUGGCAUCUGGGCAUGCGUAGAAGCGAUUUCCAGUGCCACAGACAUGAUUUCUGGCAUUGCGCUGUGCCGGGCCAGCCCUGCUCAUGGAGGAUCUCCGUGGGAGUGAUCUGGCCCAUGCCCGGUAAGCCUUGCCAACCCCUGGCUUAGAACAUUAGAUGAAUUCAUGGUUGGGGCCUAUCAGUGACUAGUAAAUGAGGUCUAAAUGGAAUUUCACAUAGAGGCAGUAUACCUCUGAAGAUCAGUUGCUGGGGGAGGAGAACAGCAGGGAGAGCUGUGGCUUUCAUAUAGUCUGCUUUUGGGCUUUUACAAGCAUCUGACUGGCUUGUAGAAGCAAUAUGGACUUUGAUGGGAACGGCCUUCUCGGUGGCUGCUCCCGUGGAACUCCCUUUCUAGGCUAGCUCCUUCUCUGCUUUCCUUUUGCCAGCAGGCUUUUGUUCAGACAGACUUCUGGCCACUAGCUGGUUGUUGUGGCAGUAUGUGUCUUCUGGGAGUGGCUGUGCCAUAUUUUCUCUUUGCUGUUGUGCUUUUAAGUGUUUUCAGCACUGUUUUUACUUAAUGUUUUAAAAUUUUAUAUUGUGCUUUUUUCGCUGUAUCUGUUUUAAUUCAUGCCGUGAGCCGCCUUGGGUCCUGCACGGAGAUAAAGGCGGGAUACAAAUGAAAUGAAUAAAGAAAUCUGCUCCCCUCCAUGCCUGCCCUGAAUCCUGGCUAGGCUCCUCAGUUCCUACGCACAACAGCUUUGCACACCCAAGGCAAACCAAUUAACAGCCGAGUUGUAUGUUUCAUGUUGCAGGUGGGGCGUGCACCCAACAUCGUGAUAGUGCUUGACUGCUCAACGGAGACAAUGGUCCAGCGACUGCUGAUCCGAAGCCAGAUGGGCGAGAGGGUGGAUGACCAUGAUAAAAUCAUCCAGAACCGGCUUGACACUUACUAUACACUGUGUGAGCCCGUCUUCACCCACUACCUACAGAAAAGCCUACUUCGGCAUGUAGGUCUCAGAGAACUUGGCUGGGCCCCCUUCCUUGUCCUUUCCCACAGAAUCCAGGCCUGGAAGUCCUGGCAACUUUGCAAGAGGGCAGCUUAUUUGAUUCUGAUGUGGACAAGCAGCCAAUGCAGUCCUUUCAGAAUGACUCUCUCUUGUCUAUUAACAGGGCCAUUUGAAAGGUUGCGUCCAAUAGGCAGCGAGGCAGGAAGCAUUAAGACAAAAGGGCAGGAGGUUGGAAACAGCCAUAUUAGACCCCAAUCUUCUUAUUUCAGGGAGGAGGUCUUCCAGAAAUGCUCAUGGAAAGGUUAUACUGGAAUGCAAAAUCUCAAAUGCACUCACUCCUCAACCAAGUAAUAGGAUCAUAAGCAGAAGGGCCCUCUAGUAGAUCAUUUGCUACAAUUCCCUUCCUUGAAGCAGGAUGGCAGAUAUCAAAGAACUUAAAAGGAUGCUGUCCUGUUCAUCCUUGACUACCACAAAAUGAUUUCCCUUAACUUCUUCCAGUUUGCCACUAGCAGUUUCCCCUGAUUUUGAAUGUUGUGUCAAAGUGCAGUUUAUCUUGGACACUCAUCAGAACUGCCAAGAAGAAGAGCUGGUUAGGUACUGCACCAGGUCUGCUUCUUGCUCUAAAGAAGCCACUGAAAGCUGCUUUCCAGGAGUAGCUCUAUCUGAUGAGAGCUGCCAGGGUGGGUUGCCCCACUCCCCUUAGAUGCCCAAGGGCAGCUGAAGAAUGACAAGGAUACAUCCCCCUUCUAGAAGGGAGCAAAGCCCCAUCCAUGCUGAUGACAAGGUAUAAAAUCCAGUUGGACCUCUUUACCAAAGAAACUCUUACAAAAUAGUGAGAAUGUUUUUGAGCUCUCCAAAAUUCAUUAGGCUGGUUGUUAAGCAAUGCAGGGGGUAGGAAGAAAAAAAGUUGGCUCAAUGGAAUAUAAACUUUAUGGCUACUCCGUUGGUUUUAAAUACGUUAACUCCUACAAAACUUCAGUUCAAUCGGAUUAGGCUUGAUUUGGUAUUGAUGGGUUUGAAGAUGCACCUCAAUAUAUUACUCAACUGGAUUUUUUGCAUCUCUUCUUCUAGGUCAACAAAGGUUUCUUUGCUUUUUGUAUGCCAUUUUGUCACAUGUGAAUUAAGCCAAACAGAAUCUAAACAGAAAGUAAACUUCUUGCUCUAGGGCAGCUGGGGUCAAGGAGUAUUUUUGUCUCCCCUGUUAGCUGUGACAGUAGAUGUGGCCUGUUUUGCACAAGACCUCUAUAGGAACCAUUAAGUUAAACUGAGCAAAGAGGCUACAGUUAGGAACAUGGGUUUGUGUGUUCUUUCACCCCAUGAGAGAGGGCACAAAACACAUUUGGCCCCCACAGCAAUUUGCUUCUUUUUCUUAUCUGUGGGACUAUCCCAUGGGAAAAUUUUAAUAGCUGCACCAAGGUCUAGUGAUGACCAUACCUACUCCAAGUCCUCCUAAAACUGGGCAGGCUUCCUUUCAUUGUCAAUGUCUACCCCAGCGUGGGGGUGGGUCAGCAGCAAGUGUUGUUUUCUGCUGUGUGCUUGGCAUAAUUCCUUAUAAACAGAGGCAUGCUCAGGCUUUCUAUACACGGUGGUAGCAACAGAAAAGUCUCCUCUGUAAGUAGUUGGCUCCAGAUGUGCCCAAGAGCUCUUCAUUCGAUUUAUUUACAGAUCCUUGGGGAAGAACCACCAGACACCAUUUUUACCAAAUCCUGCAGUGUAGUCGAUGAAGUGAUAAAGGCAGCUACCACUAAAUAAAGUGCAAAGCUAGGUAUCUCUACGUAAAAAUAAAGAUUUAUGCUGCUGGUCCAUCACCAUGUCCUUUGCAGGAUUUUUUUUUUUAAAGUCUCAGAGCUAGUUCACACACACAUAUAUACAGUGGUGCCUCGCAAGACGAAAUUAAUCCGUUCCGUGAGAGUCUUCGUCUAGCAGUUUUUUCGUCUUGCGAAGCAACCCUAUUAGCGGCUUAACGGAUUAGCGCUAUUAGCGGUUUAGCGGCUAUUAAAGGCUUAAAGGCUUAGCGGAUUAGCUGCUAAAAGGCUAUUAAAGGCUAUUAAAGGCUUAGCAGAUUAGAUAAAGGGGGGGGAAAGCAAAAAAAAAAUCUCAAGACUUGCAAGACAUUUUCGUCUUGUGAAGCAAGCCCAUAGGGAAAUUCGUCUAGCGGGUUUUCCGUCUUGCGAGGCAUUCGUCUUGCGGGGCACCACUGUACGUCACUUGAUGACUUGCAGCUUAGUUGCAAAUUCCUUUGGAAAAUUGUGUGUUAUGAUGGUGCAUUCAUCAAUCAAUGAACAUGUAUGUGUUUAAUACCCCUUGGCUAGCAGGGCCCAGUGCAGGCCAAAGGAUGCAGCUCACAAAAAUGCCCAAGCCACAUGGCUAGCACCUACUUCAACUGAUCACAGGGCAGUAACUAGCACAGAAACAUCCUUACUGUAAAUGGAAGAUGUGAUACAUACUGAUAGUUUCUUCAGUAAGUACCUACUCCCCUUCAUUUCCUGCUACAGUGGGCCAUUCACACCUGUUAUUAGCUGCUGUAUACAGUGAGUGUUUUGCAUUUCAAGAUCAAUAAAGACCAGGCUGUUGCACCAUGCUCCAGCAAUCCUUCUAUGACUUUUCUUCUGAGUAGGCAAAGCUGAGCCACGGGAUUAGAAACCUGUAAAGUUACCAAGCAGUCAAGAGGUUCUACAACUGGCACUGAAGCACACUAGGAAGAUAAAUGCAGGCAUGCUUCACGUAUUUCCUGUCACGUAGCCACGUGUCUGUCCACCUCCCCCUUUAAUAAAGAUUCCUUCUCCAUAUAUAUUUCCUUUUGAAAGUUGUAAAAGGAAAUAUAUGUGAAGAGGGAAUUAGAAAGGGGCGGGUGGACAGACACAUGGCUAUCCAAAAGGCUAUGUAGUGCUUUUUAGCACUGAGUGCUUACUCCAGCAACAAAGGAUCUCUUACACAGCCUACAACUGAGGAUGUAUGGGAGACUAGGAAUAGCAAGCAGCUCAGCAGAACAAAAGCCAUCAGCAGCACUUACCACAAUCCUCCCCAUUUCCCCUUUGUAUAACCUGACACAGAAGAAUAAGAGAACCAUUGCAUCCAAAUAUAAACAAGUGUUUUGCACUGGCUCAACCCUUGGAGACCUGAGAAUAUUAGUUGGGUCUUCAAAUCUACUGCAUCAGCCUCUGGAGCCAGAACUCUCCCAGAACGCAUCGGCACCUUUUAUGUUGUAGCCAUGUUUUUGGCACAUCACAAAACAGCUCAAGGAGAUGACGUUGCAUGUUAGUGUCAGUCAAGACAUUCAGAUCCAGCAGAAAAUCUUAAGUAACGCAGCUGAGUGUCAUCAAGUCACAAAACGAUGAGACAUGAUCUAUUAUAGGUGGCUGAAGCAGCUAAGGGUUCCAGCAGCUGGUGCAGUCUUCCAGAAAUUUAGAUUGUGUAACACUGCAGCACGCGCCCCUCCCCCCCAUAUUUGUAAAUCCAAGUAGAAGACUACUGUUAUUUUCAAACUGUCAAGAGAUGAUACACCAAAUGAACUGAACUUGCAGGAGUCCCCAAAACCAAACCAAAGCUUAGUCUACUAAAAAGCUCCCCGGAGAGGCAACUUUCCCCUGCUCCCAAGCUCAGUAUCAUCCAAAGGUCAGAAUCUCCUUCUCAUUCCCAGGGCUCUUGUGGUGAAGCUAGAACAGCUCUCUGGGGCCCUACCUUUUGAAACACACACGGUUGCAUCAGAGACUUUAAAACAAAAAAGCAUUUUAUUCAACAAAAAUGCACAAAUGCCUGCUCAAACUAUAAAAACACAGGAAGCUCUUAAUUCAUGACCAUUAUCAGGCUUUUACAACAGCUAUAUUGUGAACAAACAUCAGCUUCAAAAAACCCUAUGGACAGAGAGAGAAAAACAGACACCACCCAGCAGACACGGGGGGAUGUUUUGUUAUCAUUUAUUUGUGAAGUUAAAAACGAGCGGUAAAAAGUAAAAAUUGAGCAUACAAUUUCUUGUUUCAAUCUCCUCUUGAACAGACAAAAAACACGACAGAUCAGUCCCAGCAGUGGAGAAAUGGAGGGCCGGGGCAGGGUUUCUCUGAAACACCAACACCUUUGUCCGAGGAAUGUUCCAACUCUAACUAAAAAGCAGAGUGACUUUUCCUUGUAAAGUUUAUUUUUUAAAACGAAACAGAAAGAAAAGAGGAAGUGUUACCCUGAAAACUGAGGUGUG